UUAAAUCCCAAACCGCAGGUGCGCCUGCUCUCCCCUCUCCCUUGACCUCAGAAAAAAACACGGUGAUCGUUCGCUCCACCGUUUGCUCGCGUGCCACACCGAACCUGCGCGCUGUGCUUCCGUGACGUCGCUCCAUUGGAGCCUGUGGUUGGAGCGCAAGUUCCUUUCACGUAUCUAUUGGGAGAGAGAGGAGAGCGAGCGCACGGUGGUGCCAGCCAUGGUCAGCGCUUUGAGAGAACACUGAUAUCAACCGGGAGGGACAACAUCCUAGACAUGGAAUGCGACUGUGCAACAUUGUGUCUUUCCUGGCUGUCUGACGUUAUUUUUCUGCUCAACCAUUGAAAAGGAGGUUUGUCGUUUACGUAUUGGAUUCCAGAGCACUGGGAACACCCCGGUCUCUAUUUCUCUUUCCGUUUCUCCCCCUCGGGUUGAAAAGUCACCAGAGUGAAAAGGAUAUUUCGCUUUAUUGGAAUUAUAGCUGCUCUGAAGAUGAUCUCCGGUGUUUUCUGGGAACAUUGUCUUGGAUGAGAACCUGUGAGCAUCAUGAGUACCAAUGCCUAUCAGCAGGGCUCUUUGGGCAGUGAGGGGAGCUCUGGACCUAUCCGGUGCCAGCGUUGUCGGGAGGUGUGUAAGGGAGAGGUGGUGCGCGUUCAGGACACACACUUCCACGUCAAGUGUUUUACCUGCACAGUGUGUGGGUGUGGCCUGGCUAGAUCUGGGUUCUAUCAGAAGAGUGGUGAGUACAUCUGUACGUCAGACUACCAGCGUCUGUACGGGACACGCUGUGACCGCUGUGACGGAUUCAUCACCGGGGAGGUGGUCUCUGCUCUGGGGAGGACCUACCACCCUACCUGCUUCGUCUGCAGUGUCUGCAGGAAGCCGUUCCCUAUCGGAGACAGAGUGACGUUCAGUGGGAAGGACUGUGUGUGUCAACAGUGUUCUCACACACUCGUCACCUCCAACGAACCAAUCAAGAUCCAUGGACCCAGCCACUGUUCAGGGUGUGGAGAGGAUAUAAAACAGGGACAGUCUCUGCUGGCGUUGGAGAAACAGUGGCAUGUCAGCUGCUUCAAGUGUCAAACCUGCAACAUGGUCCUCACUGGGGAAUACAUCAGCAAGGACAACGUGCCGUACUGUGAGUCUGAUUACCACGCCCAGUUUGGGGUUAAGUGUGAGACGUGCAGCAGAUACAUCAGUGGACGGGUACUGGAGGCAGGGGGGAAGCACUACCACCCUACCUGUGCCCGCUGUGCCCGAUGUCACAUGAUGUUCACAGAGGGAGAAGAAAUGUACCUGCAUGGUGGUGAAGUGUGGCAUCCUUUGUGUAAGCAGGUGGCCAGAGCAGAGAGAAGACUCAGGCACAGACGUCUGUCUGAGACCUCCAUCUCUCCACCGGGUUCGUCUAUUGGCUCUCCCAGCCGCGUCAUAUGCGCCAGGGUGGAGAAUGAGAUACUAGACUAUAAGGACUUGGCUGCACUGCCUAAGGUCAAGGCCAUAUACGAGGUCCAGCCACCUGACCUCAUAUCAUCCUACCAGUCCCAGCAUCAUCCUACCAUAUCAUCCAACCAGCCCUACCCCAGAUACUCCUCAGAUGACAUACAGACCUUCAGCUAUGGAGAGUCACCUGGGACUCUCUGUUCUCAGAAGCUGUAUUACAAUAUAGACAAGAGACAGAGACAGUGUUCCAGCCCUGCCUACAUGGACGGCUCUCCCUCCUUCAGCCGCCAAGCCAUGUCUCCCAUCAUGUCUCGCUCACCGCAGCACUAUGGACACCCCGGCUCUGAGAGUGGCAGGAGCUCACCCUAUUACGGCUCACUGGAGGGGCGGCCUAGUACUCCUACCACAUACCACGCCCCCAAGCAUUUCCAUGUACCAGACAAUCUCCCAGCCACCAAAAGCAGGACCAGCGAAGAUCUAAUCACAUCCUCCAGACUGUCCACCUACUCUCCAGAACACUACACACAGUCAGAGUCUGACUCCUACCCCUAUCCCAGCUCCCCUAAAGGUCUCCGUGCUCCUAGGAGAAGGUAUUCUACAGGAGGAGAUGAAGAGAACUGGAGUCACAGCAGUCUUCAAAGAAUCCAGAGUGGUAUAGGGAGGAUGAUCCUAAAGGAGGAGAUGAAAGCUAGAUCUGGUUGCUAUGACAACGACCCUUGGGGCAGCGCCCGGAAUUCCCGCAGCGGCAGCAAGGAGGCUCUCACCACUACCAGCUACAACAGCACCGGCUACAACAACACUGUCAAUGGCUCUCCUCCAUCCCAUUACAGCUUAGACAGUGACUCGUACAAGUCAGCCUCUCUACCAGGAUACAGGCGGAACGGUGUCAACAGGGCCCAGAGUGCAGCCGCAGACUACUACCAACAGUAUGACAGCAGCAGUGAUGUCAACUGGGGAACCAGAGAAUACAAGGUGUACCCGUAUGAAGUACUGAUCGUGACCACCAGGGGGAGACACAGACUGCCUAAAGACGUAGAUAGAGCCAGACUAGAGCGUCAUCUGAGUCCCGAGGAGUUCCUACAGGUGUUUGGGAUGAACUUGACAGAGUUUGACCGGCUGGCUCUCUGGAAGAGGAACGAAAUGAAGAAACAGGCCCGACUCUUCUAACGAGAGAGAGAGAGAGAGAGAGAGAGAGAGAGACUGUUCUAAAUAGAGAGAGAGAGAGACUGUUCUAAAUAGAGAGAGAGAGAGACUGUUCUAAAUAGAGAGAGAGAGAGAAAUAGACUUUUCUAAAUAGAGAGAGAGACUGUUCUAAAUAGAGAGAGAGAGAGAGAGAGAGAGAGAGAGAGAGAGAGAGAGACUGUUCUAAAUAGAGAGAGAGAGACUGUUCUACAUAGAGAGAGAGAGAGAGAGAGACUGUUCUAAAUAGAGAGAGAGAGAGACUGUUCUACAUAGAGAGAGAGAGAGAGAGAGAGAGAGAGAGAGAGACUGUUCUAAAUAGAGAGAUAGAGAGACUGUUCUAAAUAGAGAGAGAGAGAGACUGUUCUAAAUAGAGAGAUAGAGAGACUGUU